GAGUCAAAUCCAACGAUAGAGAUUUCUAGGAUAUAUCCGAAUUAAAUCAGAGAACGAAUAGAGAUCAGGAAAACAAAGAUGGUUUUGAAUGAUGAGGAGAAAGCUGGAGAGUCUUCAGAAGAGCCAAAGGGGCAAGGGCUAAGCAGGAAAAACAGCCAUAGCUCUAUGUGUCCGACAGAUGAUGAUGAAGAAGAAGAAGACAGGAAACUUGAACUUGGUCCCAUGGUUGCUCUUAAAGAACAGCUCGAGAAAGACAAGGAUGAUGAAAGCUUGAGGAGAUGGAAGGAGCAACUUCUAGGCAGCGUGGAUCUUGAGGAGGUCGGAGAAACUCCGGAUCCGGUGGUAAAGAUACUGACCUUAACAAUUAGGUCACCGGAUAGAGAAGACAUGGUAUUAACUAUCCCUGAAAACGGAAAACCGACUUCGAAAGGACCAUGGUUCACUCUCAAAGAAGGCUCUAAGUACACUCUCAUAUUUACUUUCCGUGUCACCAACAACAUUGUGUCCGGCCUCCGGUACAGCAAUACAGUUUGGAAGACCGGAAUCAAGGUGUAUAGUAGGAAGGAAAUGUUAGGAACGUUUAGUCCACAGGCGGAACCGUACACUCAUGUCAUGUUUGAAGAGACGGCGCCCUCUGGUCUGCUUGUUAGAGGCUCCUAUUCUGUUAAAUCUAAGUUCGUCGAUGACGAUGAUAAAUGCUACUUGGAGAACAACUACACCUUCGAUAUUCGCAAGAAUUGGCUGUGAUCCAUCACAAAAAUUACUGGAAGAAGAGAAAAAUAUAUAUAGUAUUCAUUA